UAUUCCGCAGGUGAGCGGCAGUCAGGAAGACAACGACCCAGCAAAAGCGGAGUGUCAACUCAGAAAUGAAUUUAAUAUAAAUUGUACACUAAUGUGAUCUGAGCGGACAUUAAACAAAUCCACCAUGGUGAAUGCAGGAGUAUGCUGUGCCAACCUCAAGGACAACAAAGCCCUGAUGAAGAUGGGGCUGGGGCUGGUGCUGGUGGGACAUGUCAACUUUCUUCUUGGAGCACUGGUGCAUGGCGCCGUGCUCAGGCACAUCAACGUGCACGCUCAGGCCCGCACCAUGGUGUACGCCAUCUCUAAUGUCAUUGCUAUUGUGGAAGGCUUGGGAGGAUUAUUAGUGGGAAUAACGGCCAUUUGUCUUGGGUCCAAAAACAAGGAAAAACAGGGAUUCCUGCAGUGGGUAUUAUUGGUCUUCAGCUUCCUGGCAGGUCUCUUGGCAGUUGCCUCCUCCGUGGGCUUGUCAGUUUCUGUGGUGAAAGCCAUUAUUCACAAAAGAAAGAGCCUGCUAACGCACUGCACAUUUUCUGAUGAUGAUGUUGGCUCCUCUUCCAGCAUCACAUACGAAUGCCCCUUUGACCCUACCCGUAUUUAUGGGACCACAAUAAUCCUGUGGGUGCCUCUAAUCUUGAUGUCCGUGAUGGAAAUGGUUUUCUCCUUUCGCUGCUUUGCUGUCUGUACUUCAUUCCUCUACCUUUGUCCGUGCAGGAGGAGGCCGACCCAGGCCAAGAGGGUGCGUAUCCAGAGAACUGUAGAAACUUCAUCAUUGCCUCCAGCACGAGAUCUAGAGAGCGAUGAUACAGCUGAGCCAGCAGAACAGGAUGAACUGCUGGACUCGGUCACUGCAGUGGAGCAGAGUGAAUGGCUCUGAACGCGCUAAACCUAACGAUAGGUUGCAAACUGCUUCAUCUGUGAAGUUGCUGUGUUGAGUGUAUCUGUUACACGUUAAAUGUCUGAAGACAUUUGUGGGACUUCAAUCAGCAAAGACACUGGUAUUUUCUUUUCUUCUUUAUCUAAAGGAACCUUUUAAAAAUACUGUCAGUUUGGAUUGAAAUGUAAGAAUUUGUAUUGUGGUAUUGUC